UAAUAUCGUUCACUUCCGGGUUAUCCAACUGGAACUCGUAAUCAAGUCUUGUCAGUGCUUGUGAACACGUACUUAUAAGCACGGAAAUAUAUAUAUUUGAAAGAUAAGGGUGUAACCAUGGGGGGUAAAAAUAAACAACGAACAAAAGGAAAUGUUAGGCCGUCCAGUAGUGGCCGAGCUGCUGACGUCCUGACUCGGGAGGGUGGUGUUAUCCCGGGCUUCGUUGGAUUCGGCGCCACGAGCACUUCUGAACUGAGUUAUGUACCGGCUGUGCAUGGUGCAGAGGACAUAGACAACCUAGUGGAUGCUGAUUUCCGUCUGGUGCUCAGAAAGCUGUCGAAGAGGGAUGUUGUUACCAGACUGAAAGCUGUGCAGGACUUUGGGUCCAUGUGUCAGGAGCGGGAUGCUGAAGAGGUAAAAGGAGUCCUGCCAUACUGGCCAAGGAUUUAUUGCAAGAUAUCAGUGGAUCAUGAUCGCCGCAUCAGGGAGGCUACCCAACAAGCCUUUGAGCAGCUGGUUCUGAAAGUACGUCGCAGUUUGGCCCCUUUUCUGAAGAGUUUAAUGGGCCACUGGAUUCUGUCACAAUGUGACACUUACACACCUGCAGCCUCUGCUGCAUGUCAGGCCUUCCAAGCCGCCUUCUCCCCCACCAAACAGCCUGAAGCUCUCAGCUUCUGCAAGGAUGAAAUCAUUAAUGUACUUCAAGACAUUUUAUUAAAAGAAACAGCCGAUACAUUGAGUGACCCACAAAGUGUGACAGAGGAGGAGAGAGAAGCCAAGUAUGUGCGCAUGUUAACCAGCUCCCUGUUAGGGGUUAAGAGACUGCUUUCCCUGCUGCUUCAGAAUGACAGGGUGGACCUGGAGCAAAAACUAGCAAAUCUUCUUAGCUCUGGGAAGUUCUGGAAGUACAGCAAGCACAAGACACCACAGGUGAGAGGGGCCUUUUUUGAGAUGGUGUGUGCUCUGUGUGAGUUCACUCCUGGACUGGUCCAAGCUGAAGCAGCACGUCUGUGCCCCGUUGUUCUCCUCGCUAUUGACGACACAGAUCCUGUUGUACUGCCUCCUGUGUGGGAAGCUGUUCUUCACGUUGUGUCUGCACUCCCUGAUUGCUGGACAUAUGUAAAUGCCAGGAAAGGCUUUUUACCAAAACUUUGGACAUUAUUAAAGGAGGGGGGCAAAGGAAUGGCUAAAGCACUCCACCCGAAUCUCAUGCCGCUUCUCAGCAAAUUACCACAGCAGGUCACUGAUCCAAGCCUGGACUUCUACACCACCUUCUUCUCUGCUUUCAUACAAGGCCUGUCUAGUGAACGUGCAGUGACAAGUCCAUCAGAAAGUGCAGUAAUAGUGACGUCUUUUGUCGAGUGCGUGCGAUACUGCAUACUGCAAAAUACAGGAGAAGAGGAGUACCAGGGGAAAAUAAGGACUAUGCUUAUGUUGCAGCAGCUUUUACCUUUAUUAGAAAAGGCUCUCACAGAUCCUUCUCUUCGGAAUGGACCUCUUUUCCUCAUGGUCACUAAAAUGCUCAUUUCUUGGGAGAGGAGAGCAGGUUUACAUGAUAAAGCUGAAGUAAAUGACACCAAGGAUGUCUUUCAAAGACUUCUGGCCGACUUCUGGGAGGAUCUUGCUCUUUUGUUUGUGCGACAUAUUGACAAAGAGGAAGCAGAUCCACAGGCUUUGGAAGGGGUAGCCACCUUGCUGCAGGUGAUGCGCUAUCCCGAAAGACCAAGUAUGAGACACACCCAGAAGAAGAAAUCUGUCAAAAUGUGUUUGUCUAAGCCAGAAGAGGAAGAGAAGUCUGGAGUUGAGGGCGAUGAUGUUGAGAAGCUUGUGCAGACUGCUUCAGAAAAUGAGAAUGAGAAGACGUUUGGGUCCUUACAGUCUCAGCAUUUUGAAGACAUCGUGUGCCAGCUGGCACAGCUCUGCCUGGUGCAUGUGAAUGAGAAAAACUCAGAAAGACACCUUUUUUUUCUCUCCCUUCUCCUGCAGUCUUUCCACACACCCAGGGUCUUCAGUACCUUGGUUGAUUUUGAUGACAAAAUGACUGAAGAUGACAAACAGAAGAAUGAGAUGAUAAUGGAAAAUCCAGCCGUGCACUUUCUCCGGGAGCGAGUUGUGGUGUGGCUAGCUGAGAUGGGGCGCAGCGACACUGAGCAUCUGGUGGACAUGGUCUUCAGCUCACUGUACUGCUGUAGUCAGCAGGAGACCACUCAGAUACUUAACCACAUCACCAUGAUGGGUUUACAGUGUGGAAUUAUCCUGCAAAUUAUUCAAAGGGCGUGUAAAGAUCCAGAGACCCUGAUGAGCUGCAGUGAUUGGCUGAAAGGUUCAGUUCUGGGUGAGAAAAUCCUGGGAUUAACUGAACAACUCUGCAAGGUGGGGAGCAGCACUCAUGCUCCCUCUUCUUCGUCAAGCAGCCACAGUUGGACACUUAUCAGCUUUGUCCUCUCUCACAACCACAACAAUGAGUCUCUGAUAGGAGAAGUGUACAUGGAGAAAAUCUUGGAGAAGCUCCACACCACUCUGUCUGAAACCAAGAGCCUUUCAGAUGCUGGCAACAUGGAGCCACUCAUUUCCUUCAUAUGUGAUGUGGCUUCUUCUUUCUUUUCUUCUGUACAAGACUGCAUUCUACUGCUUUCUGCUGAGGAGCUGUUGCUCACCAUCUUCCAGCUCACUGCCCAAGAUCAAAGACACACUCACCUGUCUGACUCGCUUGUACUGAAGCUGAAGAAGGUGUGUGUUGCUGGGGUGCAGUCACUGGUACAGCACUGUGACUAUGAAGUCACAGAAGGUGGCUUCUUACAUAGUGCAGCUGUUUGGGUGACAAAGCAACUACUCACUGUCUCUCUAGAUAUUAAAAGUUUGCAAGUUCUAGUUGUAGCUGUUAAAAGUUUAGCAGAGACGAUCAUCUCUGUAGGCGAUCGAACUUCCUCCAUCCUCAUCCACUUCUUUACCAUCUUGAUGCCUAGCCAGUCUGAAUGGACAAGAAUCAGACAGGCCCUGACACCUCAGUGGGUCAGAACCCCUUUGUUGUCCAGCCGUUACCGAGGAGUUUGUGAAAAAGCCUCCAAGGACACCUGGAAGUUUAGGGAGUCAAAACGACUUCCAGCCCACCUGUGUGUCUGUGCUCUCUUAGGGAGGGUGGCCCAGAUUGCUGCUGUAGUUAUACCUUGUAGACAGAAGGAGUCUGAGAGUCCUUCACUUCUACCAAAUCUAACAUUCACAGUUUCAGAACUGCUGUAUGCACUACAGUGGUGUAAGGAGCUCAAGUAUAGUCCUACAAUGGUAUCCACCUAUCACAGCCUGCUGACUGAAUGGGAGCUGUCAGACGGACUUCAAACCCAAGUCCCAAUGAAAGCCCUGCUAGAAACCCUCUUCUCAAGGUCAGUGACGGAUGGAGGUCUGUGGUCUCUGACUUUAGAAAACUACAUCCAAGCCAACAACUUGGUAGCCACUCAGAGGGCAGCUGUGAGGGAGCUUUAUGGGAAUGCAGAUAGUCUAUUUCCAGUGUCUCAAACUAAGUUGAGCACACUCCAGGUCAUCUGCCCAUUUAUGACAAAAGAAGACAGAGAGAAUCUCAUUGCUUUGGCUACUGCUGGAUUAAUCAACUGGCAAGAGACUGAAAAUGUGUAUGGAUGUCUGGCAGUGCUGCUUUGCUGCCUAAAUGCCAACACACAAGUAGAGGAGGAGGUUGUGCAGGCUAUCUUGGCUACUGUGAUGGAAUGGAGAAACAGCAGGGAGGAUUGGUUCCUCUUCAGCUGUGACCUGUCUGAAGCAACGUCUGAACAGUUGAACCUCAGUGUUGAGAUGAUACGUUUCCUGACCUGGCUGGUGACUCAUUGUCCAGCAGUUCUUGGAGGAUCCCAGUGGGAUUUUCUGCUCUGCUCUAUGCUGGCCUGGUUAGAGACUGCCAGUGAGAAUGUGGGUAGUCUCUGGAACCCCUGGGUGCAGCUGUUUGUGUGUGAGAACGCUUCAUUGAUCGUGACGCUAAACCAGUUCUUCACGUCAUCUCCGACCAAUGUGCUGGAGAAGCUGCCACCAGAACUGACUGGUGAAUGGACAGAUUUCUUCGUAGAGGGAAUCUACAACCUCCUGCUACCUCUGCCAGUUAAAAUCGCUGAGGCCUUUGCUGAACCAGAUGACCCUGUGUUCCCUAUGGCUGUACUGCAGUCAGUUGGUUUGGCUCUUGCAUAUGUGCCAGUGCAGCAACUAAACCAUAAUUCUCUGCCACCACGGUUCAUAGCAGACCAAAAGACAAACCUGCCAGAGCCUCUGCAGACGCUCCUCAAUACUUUGUGCCCUUUGUUGCUGUUUAAGGCCAGGCCUCUACAAAUGACUGCCUACCACUUGUUGGAAAAGGUUAUGCCUCAGCUGCCUGAGUGUGAUGGAGAAGGAGACACCAAUAAGUCUGAUGAUGAUAGAGAUGAGCCAUCUCUCUCUCCUCCAGCAUCACUCAUGGCCAUUCUUUCUACCUGUGAAGAGCUGUGUGAUAAUAUCAUGGCAGGGGUUCAGGUAGGCGAGUUUGCAGUGGUGCAGCCUCUCAGUGUGGAAUACUCCUGCAUCCUUGGAUAUUUGCUGGCAUGGAAGCUGCUUCUCACUUUCUUCAAAUCCUCACCUUCUCACUUGCGUGCCCAUUAUGCUCAGUACCUUAAGAGAAGCUGCAGCCUUAACAAGCUGCUCCUCCAUCUUUUCAAACUGAUGCCUGACAACCCAGCAUACCCAGGCCAGGGGUCAGACACUAAGGACAAAACUUUCUUUUCAGAGAGCCUGUUUCUGACAGUUGACAAGCGUGACGGUGUUGAGUGGGAGCUCCCUCACCUGGCUUGCAGUGUGUACUACAGCACAGUUCAAGACCUGCCCGCCAUGGUGCGAUUGUGGUGGAACAGCCAGGAGAAGAGAGUGAGCGCAGCUGUAGAGAAGUUCACUAUUAAAUAUGUCAGCCCCGUCCUCUCGGCCCAGGAGAUCUCCUCGGUCCAGACCAGCACUCAGAUGUUUGACAGCAUGACUGUCAAGGCCCGUUCAGCAGCACGAGAAGUGAUUGCUACCUAUUCUGUGGAUGACAUCUACAUCGAGUUGGUGAUUCAGUUGCCACAGAACUACCCUCUAGGCUCCAUAACUGUAGAGAGUGGGAGGCGUGUGGGUGUUGCUGUACAGCAGUGGAGGAACUGGAUGCUGCAGCUGAGCACCUAUCUCACACAUCAGAAUGGCAGUAUAAUGGAGGGCCUGGCUCUGUGGAAGAACAAUGUUGAUAAGCGCUUUGAAGGAAUAGAGGACUGCAUGAUCUGCUUCUCUGUAAUCCAUGGCUCCAACUACUCUCUUCCUAAGAAGGCUUGUCGCACCUGCAAGAAGAAAUUCCACUCAGCGUGUUUGUACAAAUGGUUCACUUCCAGUAACAAGUCCACCUGCCCACUUUGCAGAGAAACUUUCUUCUGAUAACUCUGCGUCAGCUUGGGCUCAAAGCACGACAGUUUUUAAAAUAAACCAGUGACGAUUUCUUGAUCAACAUUAUGAAAAUCAGUGGAGUGCCAUUUAAUUCAGUUGCAGCUCUGAAGUAAAAGGCAUUGUUUUGUUUAGAAAGUCUUGUUAAGUACAGCUAAAUGUAAAGCUUGUUAAACUUUUGCAACUCAUAUUCCCAUCCUCACUUGUGAGGGUUAAUAAGCUCCCAGAGGUUUGUAUACCAGUGUUUUACUGUAUUGCAUAUGCCCAGCAUCAUAUAUGGGCAGAAGAGGCUUUUUGCAAAGUUGAGAAAUCAAAACCAAUCGUGUUCUUGAAUGGCUCAGAACUUUUGAAAUGACAAAUUUUACAAACCUAGAAAAAAAGUAUUGCAACACAUAGGACAACUUUGACUAAUAUUCCUAAUAUUUAGGAGUGUAACUGGAUUAUGUCGGAUUUGUGACAUGCAUUUAAUCUGUCAAAAGUGUUGUGGAGAUGUUUGUUGUUUUUUUUUUUUAAUGCAAAUACUCCCACAAAUCAAAUACCUGGAUCUGACCAUAUGCGCCUUACUCUUUGCCUGCAUACACCUAUAAAUGACGAUAAAAAGGAAUGGAAAUAAAACUCAUUCCCUAAUACUAAAAGAUAAAAUGCCUGAGAUUCAACAUAUGACAAAAUCUAUACUGAAUAAGUUCAAGCCAUGUUUCAAAUUAAAAGAUUAGAAAGUGACUGAGUUGUGCAAUGCAAAACAGUUUGCCGCAUGUUCAUAAUUCAUAAAUUUAUUCAAUUCAAUUCAUUGCACUCGUGACAUAAAAUCCAUUUUUGCAAAGUAGUUUCUUCCAUCUGUUAAAAAAAUUUGUAAUCUGAAAUAUUGUAGAUUUUUUUUCUAACAAAUAAAAAAUGAUUGCAAAAUUUAAGGGACAUGAAAUUUCAUUGUAUUCAUGGGCCACUACCUUCUAAAAAUGAACGAGUUACCACAUUACGAACACGGCUCAAUAAAUAAGUAUACAGCAUUCAGUGUCUUGAUAAAUUUACAGGCAUUUGGAACAAUUCUGUGCUUCCACAAACUGUUGUGUCAACUUGAACCUCAAAUUACACUUAAGACUUGCUUGGAAACACUCUUAACUGUAAGUAACCUGUGCUGGUUUCCAAGAAAAGAUUGUAAUUAGCCUCAGCCCUUGACUGCUGCACCAGUCUCCCAAGCUCAUUUAUCUUGGGUCCACCUCUUCCACAUGUUGAAUAAUUUAUCUGUUAAAUGGAGACUUGCUCUCAUCACAGUUGUUCCUAUGGAAUUAAUUAUGACAGAUUAAGCAUGAUCAAUGAAUUAGUCCCUAUCAUUUGGUCAGCUGUCUUACGUGUGUGCGCGCACGAGCGUGUGUAUUUGUAAAUCAUUACUGUGGUCAAAAUUUAUCAAUACAUACAGCCAGCAUCCAUCAUCAUUUGCCCUUGACCUUUUUAAUCACCAUUGAUCUGUUUGCCAGGCAUAAAUAUUUAUACUCAAACCUCCUCCCUCUCACGGGUUUUGACAGAAACACUCACACCGACAGCCUCAAGUCUUAUUGCUCAUUAUCUGCUUGAUUAAGCAGUGGUGCAAAUGUUAUGAACUACAGUACAUUCCUGUGUGAUGCUUUUUCUUUACACAACCUCAGUGAGUUCUUACCAAAAGAUGGCAGUGUUUGCACAAGGUCUGGUUGACAGCCUGUGUGUUAAAACUUCUGUAUAAGUGGAUGUGUACAUGUUAACUUAAAAAAAUGCAGUAUUGUUAUUGACUAUCUGGGGAGAGUUACCCUCGAGGGUAAAAUUUUUAUUUUAAAGAGUUUUGUCUCAUCUUGCUAUUUAGAGUAAUACUUCUUUAAUUUAUCCAAAUAAUUGAUAUGGAACUGAAGUGAAUCAACAUAAAUUCCACAAGGGUUUAAUUUAAAAUAAUUUGAUGACUGAAUUCUGUCAUAGAUGAGAAACUACAGAGAGCUAGACUGAGACAAAGGAUCAGUAUUUUUCUUUUUUUUUUAAUACUGAAAAUGUUUAAGAUGCUCCCCAUCCAUUUACUGUCCUCUCUCACUGACCCACUUGCAUGAAACUGCUGAUGUACUACACGCUAAUUAGCUACCAUCCUGUCAACAACCAGUCAGAUCACUGGCCUCUGUAGUCUUGGAGCCUGAUUGGUGAAAAACUUGGGUACUUCAUAAUUAGCCAGGCCUAGUUAACUCUCAUUUAGCUCCCUCUGACCCAUUUGUGAGUAUAUUAGCAUUCCAAGGCGUUUUCGUCAGCCUAGUCCCAUCCUGCUUCACAUCGUUCUGCAACACCACUGCUCUGCUCUGAAAGUGCAAUAGAUUUAAAGUGUAUGUGUCUGUUUUGUGCAUAUACAGUAAAACAUACCCAUUGGGAUAACUGAUGAGACAUUAGUUCUACUGAAAUGAAUCCCACACAGUCCUUGAGUUUUCCUCUUUGUAGCUGGUCUCCCUCACCUCACCUGACCUCCUCUUUCUGUGCCUCUCUGCAAUCUUCCCCGUCAUUCAGCAAGCUGCAAAUUCACACACAGCUUAUAAUAAAUUUCAGAAUUUAAAUGUGAUCGUGGGAAUUUAUCAGGUUCAUUUAUCCUAAAGCAAAGCAGAGAACUUUACAGCUUGGGCUAUUUCCUCAACUGCAUUCGACUCACAUGCUAAAGGAUCAAUUUUAUUAACAUUUGCUGUUUUCGUAUAAUGAAGGCAAUAAACAAUGA